AUGCAGCUUUUUGUCCGCGCCCAGGAGCUACACACUCUCGAGGUGACCGGCCAGGAGACGGUCGCCCAGAUCAAGGCUCAUGUAGCUUCGUUGGAGGGCAUCGCUCCAGAAGAUCAAGUCCUGCUCCUGUCUGGCACACCCCUAGAGGAUGAGGCUACUCUGGGCCAGUGUGGCGUGGAGGCUCUGAGCACUCUGGAAGUAGCCGGCCGCAUGCUUGGAGGUAAAGUCCAUGGUUCCCUGGCCCGUGCUGGGAAAGUGAGAGGUCAGACUCCCAAGGUGGCCAAGCAAGAGAAGAAGAAGAAGAAGACGGGCAGGGCCAAGAGGCGUAUGCAGUACAACCGGCGCUUUGUCAAUGUUGUGCCCACCUUUGGCAAGAAGAAGGGCCCUAAUGCUAACUCCUAA